AACAUGGCGAUAGAUAAUGGAAAAGUCGGAAACAACAUUGUACCUGAUAGAUCUAUCUACUUCUGAAGUUAUGCACUGUUACAUUUGAAGUAGACAUGGUACAUUUGAAUGAAGAAAGAUAUGUUAAUAUAUUUUCGAAUGAAGGAAUAAAGGGACUUUGAUUAUGAUGAUUCACCGAAAUGUAAAGUCUUUCGAUUUAGAAAAGUCCUCAGUUCAAUACGCACAGAUUGACAGUCGCAGUCAGCAGCGUCAGGGUUCCAGUACCAGUGCAGAAUCCUUAUCCGCAAUGGGAAACAAUCAUUCAACAAUCCAAAGAAGGCAUAAAACGGUUGAAAUAAUAAAUGUGAGUCUCAUUCAUGAGGGGACUUCACCCUCUGAUGACACAAGACUGGGCAUCAUAACAGUCCCUGUUCAGUCAUGGCAGGACAUGAGGCUGCCAUCCUUAAGGAUAAUCCUGAGGCAUCAACUCAGUCAGGUUUUACCACAGAGGUUCAUCUUCUUUUCUAAAUCAAGGUAUGAAAUUCUGUAUGCUCAAGAAAAAGACAUAUUAUGCUCACAAAUCUGUGAUUUUAAUGAUACUAUUUUGAUAAGAAACAGCCAUGAUUUGCCUAAGUUAUUUGUUAGAAAUCAAGAUGGAAGUGAAAUUUACGGCCACAUCUUUUGUACAUUUUGUUCUACCAUAUCAGACCUCAGAGAUAUUAUCACCAGUAGUUGCCCAGAGAUAGCAGGACCAACCAUAAAGUUCCAUUUCCUCCACUCUGAUGGGUCCCUGGUGUCGCUGGAUGCGGAGGCUACAACAGAUGUGCAUCAGAUCCUCAGGAGGCACGAGGUGCGCAUCAUCCUGCUGGAGCAGGUGCCCUGGGAUGCUGGAGAUAUGAGUUCCCAUCUGAAGAGAAAGGCAAUGGAUGUUGUUGACCAUUCUCGAACAAAAACAUUAAGCUUUCAUUUGUCUGCGCUCAGGCUUUCCUUCACAUCAAGCAAGGACAUCAACAGACUGUCCACUGAUGACCUGGCACCCAGGCCACUGUCCACACAGGACAGCAAACAGUUGCUCAUCAGCUACGUCAGGGCAGAGGCAGCAGAGCAUGCUCUCAACCUCAAGAGGAAGCUCACAGACAUUGGCUUCUCUGUUUACCUGGAUGUCCAUGAGAUCAAGUCAGGGAUAGACUGGCAAGACUCUUUGAACUAUGCAGUCAGCAAUUGUGGUGUUUUUAUUCCUCUGGUAACACCUCGCUAUGGAGAAACUCAGUGGACUAACAGAGAGGUGAAACUUGCAGAUGUUUUAGGCAAGCCAAUUAUCCCCAUAAGUUUCUUGGAAGAGUGGCCUCCCAGAUGUCUGGCCAUUCAAUUUGCCACUACCCAGUAUAUAAGUUGGAAGACCCCCCAGCAAAUAGAAAGUGAAAUUCUGGCAGGUAGAGAGACAGAAGCCAAAGAUAUUCGUCAAUGGGAUUCCCAGUGCAUUGAGUGUGUGGCUAAAGAGAUUGAAAAUCGUCUUAAGAAUAUUAAAGCAGGCGCUGUCUCAAUGUCUAAACCUGCGCUCACAAGAAUGAAAACGUUAUUGAAAACAUUUGCCGGUCGACUACCAGCAUCAGCCACACCAGUGUUGAGUACACACGACACAGAGGAACCAGCUGGUCCAAAGAUUGUUAUUUGUGUUCACCCUGAACAGGCUUGUUUUGGCCAUCAACUGAAAGGCUGGUUAGAGGAGGUGGGACACACUGCAUGGGUGUCAUCUGUCAAGGGAGAGCCUAUAGCACUCGGAGCUGCUGAUGUCAUUAGGGCUAGUCAAGUUGUUGACUUGAUAGAGCUGAAGAAAGAAACCUCUAAAAACAUCGCUGCCAACAGCAACAUCUACAACAUUACACCAGAGCAGGUGAAAGUCUUCCAGGAGGCUGUGGACAAGGCCACACUAAUCAUCAUCGUCCUCUCCAAAGUCUUCACUCAGUCAAAGCUCUGUCUGCAACAGGUCUUCUACUGUGAGCACAGAAAACAGCUGCUUCCUAUAGUCUUUGAUGACUUCAAGUUUCCUUGUUGGCUGAAAAUGUUGAUUCGCACCAAAAGGCUUCUGAAUGCUAACAAACCAGGGUUCCAAAAGGCUGUGUUGAAUCAAGUACAGAGAAGUCUGGACCCAACAGCCAAGAACUGCCUAGAGACUGAUAGCCUUGAAGCAAAUCUCAAUAUUGCUGUUCACUACCUAAGGAAAGAGCUGUCAGUGAAAGAAUGUGUCUAUGUUACUGGGUCUUCAAAGUUUAAAGAUUCCAGAUCUGAGGAAAUCUGCAGGGCCAUCGGAGCUCACCUAGCCAGACUGGACAACAUCAAGAUGGUGACAGGUGGCUGUCUGGGGACCAGUGACCUGGUGGGGCGCGUCUUCUUUGACGAGUGUGAGACACAGUCCAAGAGGUCAACACUCUGGCACCUGUUGCCUGAGCAAGAGUCACAGGAUGUUUCUGAGCAAUACAAUCAAGGAGCAGAUGGCUUGUUCCCUCUGAAAGAUUUUGGCAAAAGUAUUUUCUGUGGCAAUAGUGUCUGGGAAAAAGAGGCCAUAGCUGGAAGAUGCUUUUACAUCUGUUUGCUGAUUGAAGGUGAUGCCAACUCUGCCCAUGAGGUGGAGGAGUUUGUGUGGAGUGACCACAUCGUGGUGCCAGUGUGUUGUUCUUCUGGCGCCUCAGUUGGUGAUCUCAGGGUCACAGAUAAAAUGUACCAGCUACCUCCUGGUGUAUCUGACCGUGACUGGCAGUGUCUGAAUGACCGGUCAACCGACCCAGAGGAAAUAGGCAUGGCAGUGUCCAGGGUCAUCAGCAGCCUGCUCCAAGUCUUCCACCACCAGGAUGAAACCGCAUCCAAGAGGAAUAUCCGGCAAGCGGAUUCUAUCCCGGAGGAUCCUGAGAACGAAGAAGCAGAGACAGACAGCAGCAGUCACUCGCCAGUAAAGAAAACCCCCUCGUGGAUUACAAAGCUGCGCACUUUACAGACCAUCAUCCACCCCCAUUAGUGGCGGGGGGUUGUGUUCUUUGCUUGUUUUUAUGUCAGAAGAGCUACGUUUUUUAGUUAUUGUUGUAAAUCAAGGCCAUAAUUUUGUUUUAACUUGUGAAAAAAAUGUAUUUUAUUUAACAGCUUUAAAAAAAUAGUAUUUUCUUGGAAUUUAUUUUCUCUGUUAAGGGACAAAACUUGGUGCUAGUUUGAUGUGGGUCUCAACAGUUCAUAAUGCCUCCAGGUAUUUUAUCGUUC